CCCAGUUCCACUUUCGCCUCUCCCCUACAAAAUGGCGGCCCGGGCAGUUCAGCAGGGGGUGAAACAAGUGAAGCCUAUAUUAUCAACAGAUCGUACAGAAGCUAAGAGGAGAGUGCUUAACCUGUACAAAGCAUGGUACAGACAAGUCCCGGCCAUUAUGAAACAGUUUGACAUCCCAGUGAGUGUGGCUCAAGGGAGGGAAAAGCUGAAGGAAGAAUUUCUCAGGAAUAGACAUGUCAAUGAUGUCAGAGUAAUUGAUAUGCUUGUCAUCAAAGGGCAAAUGGAUCUAGUAGAAACCACAGAAGUAUGGAGGCAGCGGACUCAUGUUAUGAAAUACUUCGGGGACACUGAGGAACCUAGGCCAACAGACUUCAUGUCCAAAUUUUAUGAUGGUCAUGAAUAACACGGAUCAUAUUAGUGUGUGUCCGAGACUUUUCAAAGUAUAGAACAUGGAGACACAACCAUGAGCUGAGAUAGUGUUGUUUGUAAAUACAGAUUACAUUCAUUGAUGUAAUUUAAUAAAACUAUUUGAUAUACA